UAUAAUGCACAACUUUAUUUGGCAUGUAUGAAUCCUUAGUAAUAAUAAUGUGGAGAGUUAUUUCUUUCUCUUCUCUUCUUCCCCUUCCCACAAUUAUUCCAUAACCACCAUUGCUUGAAAGCUAGCCAAAAUAAAAAUGGCAACCCAACCUCAAAAUUCAGAUCUUACAUUCCCACCCGCAGAUGUUGUUGGAGAACUUCAUCCUGAGACAAACACAAACGUUCAGAUUGACCCGACAUCUUCUGAGGUUACAGCCUACAAGGAAACGAAGGCACAAAAUGAGGUGAAAGAUGAAAAAGAAAAGAAGGAUGCAUUGCAAACAAUAAAAUCAGCAAUUGUAAUUUCAGGCAUAGUUGUGGCUUUGGCAGGAGCUGCAUUUGCUAUAGCCAAGAAAUUAAGAGAGAAAUGACCCCACCUUUCUCAAGCGAUAUAGAACAUUUAAAGUGAUUUAAUCAGUUUUAGGAUUUAUUUUUAGGUCUUCCCAUUCUUUCCUUUUUUUUAUAUGAAUUAGUUCCUUUAAUUUUUCUGAUUUUUGGGUUCAAAUAAGUCACACACCCUAUAAUCCUACUCAUAACAUGAUAUCACAUAUAUGUUUUCACAAUGUAU